CGUUGCCACGCCCUUGUCCGCGUCCAAAGCCACCACGCUGCCCGGAGGAGGAACCAUCACCAUAGUUGCUGCCAAAAAAGUGCCCCCCACUGCCGAAGUUGCUGCCGGAUCCGCCCCCGCCAUUGCCGCUAUGCUGUACGCUGGUGUAGCCACUGCCGCCGUGCCUUGCCAGCAGCGCCGUGCUGCUGGUGCCGCCCAGGGGGGUCCGUUGCCGGUCAAGAAGGAGGAGGGCCGACCGGACCUGAAGAAAGCUCGGCAUGGGAUCCUGAAAUUGGAGGAACGAGAGAGCAGAGGCAGUAGAGACGGAGGAAAUAACCAGAUCAGAGACUUCAUCCGUGAUGGUGGAGAGAAUCCAAUCCUAGAGAAUGGCGUCAAGUUGAAACCAUUCACCAUCGUCGUCGGAGAUAGGGACGAUGGAGCCGUCAAGAUAGCCAUGGAGGUUGAACCGUCGUGCAAGAAGAAGGAACAGGCGGCUCCACUUUUUAUAGUUUGGUUGAGAAAAACUGAGUUGGAUAGGGACAUGUAAUUUGACGUUGGAGACAUAGAAUGCUAGGUGGGGAGGUUUUUGGGUGGUAGACUGAGAGGUGACCUCACUUUCGGCCAUGGUAAGAAGGAGGAGGUGGCCGGCCGAGAGAGAAAGAGAGGGAGGGCGGCGGCGCCGGUGGAUCGGCGGAGGAGGAAGGCCGAAAGUUGAGAUGGGAGAUUAGGGUUUUUGGUUAGGGCUCUGAUACCAUGAAGAAAGAUUAUUUUCAUUG